CAACUUCUGAAUUUGGAGAGCGAAAUUAAAAAACAACAACAAAGCAGAGUAAAUGCACUCAGGCAUAAAUCCAGUUGCAGAACGGAAUUGAAAAUUUUAAUUAAAAUGGUGCAUACAUAGUAUUCGUCUAAAAUUUGCUAAGCCUCAAUCGAAUAAAUUGUAAAAAACACACACAAAUUAAACAAUAAAAGUGGGAUUAGGAAAGUGCCACUGGCAAUCGUAUGUGGCGUGAAAUCCAAUAAAAAUUAAUAAAACUUGCCACCUUUUGAUUUGCAAAAUUUUUUAUGAAAAUCCCAAAACUACUUCAUCAGCGCUUUUUCAAUAGAACUGCUGCCGUUAUAACGACCAACGUUAUAGCUCACCAAUUUGAAAUCAUUUUUUUUUUUUCAUGGCAGUCCAUUUGCUGUUCGCUCGGAAUUGAAUUUGUUUCAAUGAAAUUCUAAACAAACAAAAAAUACACACGUGUAGAGCAUUGUGCUUGUUCUAUUUAGAAUAGCACGCGAAUUUGAAUUCGCCAUAUCGAUUAUUCUGCUGCUAGUUAACAACUUUGUGCGCAUUUCUGCGUAUUCGCCGGUUGAUGGGCGCUUUUACUUUGGCGGAUGUUGGCAAAAUGGAGCGUUGUCGAAAUUGGUUCUGUGCGCGUAGUAAUAAUAAUGACUAUGCCGAGGUAGCUGUAAAUGAUCCGCUAAAAAAUCUAACCAAUUCCAUUUCGGAUACAAUACGCGACCAUGUACGCGACAUGAGUAGUAGUAAUGGUGGUACCGCCAUAACCGCACAAUCAGCAGCCACCGCCACAGGCACAGCCACAGCCACAGGCACAGUCAGCGCCAGCGCCGCAACGGCGGGAACGACAACGUCAUCAUCAACAACGGCCUCGCAUGUGGUAACCUUUUUGGAUGAUAUUGGUGCGAGCGGCAGUAAUGGUGCGGUUACGACGAGUAGUCGCGUUGUGAGUCACACAGAGUUGCAUACACCGCUAGCCGAUGGUAAUUUAGAUGUUAUCGAAGCGGUGGAUGAUUUUGCCAAUGGCACGGGCAUCGGUUUGUCGCUAUGCGAUGAUAGUGUACCGUCGUCGAAGAAUUGCUAUCGUCUCAUUAUGUUGGGCUCAUCACGUGUGGGUAAAUCAUCGAUUGUGGCACGAUUUUUGGGUAAUCGCUACGAGGAGGCAUACACCCCAACCAUCGAAGAUUUCCACCGAAAACUCUAUCGCAUACGGAAUGAUGUCUAUCAGUUGGAUAUAUUGGACACGUCGGGCCAUCAUCCAUUUCCAGCGAUGCGGCGUUUAUCCUUCAUGACAGGCGAUAUUUUCAUCCUAGUCUUUAGCAUGGAUUCACGUGAGUCCUUCGAAGAAGUAGUGCGAUUACGUGAAAAUAUACUCGAAACUAAAUGGACAGCGCUUAAUCCUGGAUCGGGAAUGAAGAAGAAAAGUUUGCCAAAAAUACCAAUGGUUAUAGCUGGAAAUAAAUGUGAUCGUGAACCCAAAAAAGUUCAACUCGACGAGGUGAUGGGCUAUAUUGCCGGCCAGGAUAAUUGUUGCGUCUUCGUCGAAUGUUCGGCGCGACAAAAUUUCCGCAUCGAUGAUCUCUUCUAUGCUUUGUUUAUGGUUUCGAGUUUACCAUUGGAAAUGGCACCGAAUCAUCAUCGACGCGUAGUGUCCGUAUUCGGAGCGCCAUCGCCAUUGCCACCACACACGACUGCGGGUGGAUCGAAAAAGAAUGCACUCUCUAUAAAGCGACGUUUCAGUGAUGCCUGCGGAGUGGUAGCACCGAAUGCGCGUCGACCCAGCAUACGUACCGAUCUAAAUUUGAUGCGUUCGAAGACGAUGGCCAUGAAUGAGGGUGAUGGAGCGGGUGUGGCGCGUAGAAAUUACUGCGUAUUAAUGUAAAUGGCGAUAGUAGUUAUAUGUACAUACAUACAUACAUAUGUAUGUAUAUUUGAGCGAUGAUUUCAGUAUGUGAUACAAAUCGUAGAGCGUUCUAGUUAAACCCAAGCACAUAUUUAAGUAU